AUGGCCAUCUCAGAAACUGCAACACCAAGUAUCGUCCGCGUCAACGCGGCCGAGGCAAGUGUAGACUUUCUUUUGGACAUUCUCGAACGUGACGGCGGCAUCAUCAUUGAGAAUUUCAUCAGCCCCGACACAGCGGCUCAGAUUCGGGCAGACCUCAAACCCUACUUCGAGGCAGACGGAGGAGAUGUGUCCGGGUUCUUCCCAAAGACCACGCGCCGGGCCAUCGGGCUGCUGGGGAUCUCGGACGGAUGCGUCGAUUUGGCGCUGCAUCCCCUUCUCACCGAGGUCGCGUCGCGGCUUCUGACGUCCAGAUACGAGUACUGGAUCGGCCAGGAGCGCCAGACCGCCGUUUCCAAGCCGCAGAUCUCGAGCACGGUCGGGUUCCAGGUGAACCCGGGCGGCGAGCAGCAGGGCCUCCACCGCGACGAAAUCGACUACCACACCCGGCCGGGAGACAAGGCCAUGAUGCUCGGUGCCGUGACCGCCCUCGUCAGAACGACAAAGGCCAACGGCGCCACGAUCGUGAUCCCCGGGUCUCACAAGUGGGGAGACGACCGGAUGCCGCUCGACCAGGAAGCAUUCCCGGCAGAGCUGAACCCGGGAGACACGAUGCUGUUCUUGGGAGGCACGUAUCACGCUGGAGGCGCCAACACUACCACUGACGAAGCUCGCGAAACCGUCGGCAUAUUCUUGUGCAAGGGCAUGUAUCGCCAGGUCGAGAACCAGUAUUUCAUGGUGCCGCCCGAGAAGGCUGAGCGGCUCUCUCCCAAAGCGCGGCGUCUGCUGGGCUAUGCGAUCAGCCCUCCGUUCUGCGGGUUUGUCAAGUACAAGGACCCUAUGGAGGCGAUAUUUGGAGUUGUCGACGAGGAGACUGUGAAAAUAUGA